GCGGGUCUCGUGAGCGCAAGUCGAUUUUAAGCGCAGUGAAGAUGCGGCGGACGCUCCUGCGGCUCCUCAGAGACGCUUCUUCCUAAAACGCUUCUUCUCCAGGACGGUCUGAGCGGGUAACCCGGCGCUAUGGGGGCUGUUUGGAUGGUGAGGCGCCUCUGUUUGCUUUUGCUGCUCUUAAACUCUCGCCAAAGCGGCGCGCUUCCUCACCUCGCCGAUGCGGAUCAGUGCGCGGAGGGCAGCGAUGCGUGUCACAUCGACGCGAUUUGUCAAAACACCCCGACGUCCUACAAGUGCACAUGUAGAUCGGGCUUUAAAGGAGACGGGAAACACUGUGAAGACAUUGACGAAUGUGAUUCGGAGUAUAACGGCGGCUGUGUACACGAGUGCAACAACAUACCUGGCAAUUACCGCUGCACGUGCCACGAUGGAUUCAAUUUAGCACACGAUGGACACAACUGUCUCGAUGUGGAUGAGUGUCUCUUUAACAAUGGUGGCUGUCAGCAUGUAUGUGUCAACACCAUGGGUAGCUAUGAGUGCCGCUGCAAGGACGGCUUCUUCUUAAGUGACAAUCAGCACACAUGCAUCCAUCGCUCUGUGGAAGGCCUGAGCUGCAUGAACAAAGAGCACGGCUGUGCCCACAUUUGCAGAGAGACGCCCAAAGGUGGAGUGCUCUGUGAGUGUCGUCCGGGAUUCGAGCUGGCCAAGAACCAGCGUGGCUGCAUCUUGACCUGUAACCAUGGCAACGGCGGGUGCCAACACAUCUGUGAAGACACAGAGCAAGGGCCGGUGUGCAGGUGUCACAGCAGGUACUCGCUGCAGGCCGACGGCCGCUCCUGUAAAGAAAGAGAUGAAGCGGCCACCACCACGUCUGACCACAAUGUCACUUCCCUCGCCGAUGUGGACAAGCGUGUCAAGCGGCGCCUACUCAUGGAGACUUGUGCCGUAAACAACGGAGGCUGCGACAGCACAUGCAAAGACACGUCCACGGGCGUUCGCUGCAGCUGUCCUGUGGGCUUCACUCUCCAACCGGACGGCAAAACCUGCAAAGACAUAGACGAGUGUGAAUUUCACAACGGAGGCUGCGACCACUUCUGCAGGAACACCGUCGGCAGUUUUGAGUGUAGCUGCCGCAAAGGCUUCAAACUCCUGACGGACGAGCGGUCGUGCCAGGAUAUCGACGAGUGCUUCUUUGAGAGGACCUGUGACCAUACUUGUGUGAACUCCCCUGGGAGCUUUCAGUGCAUGUGCAAUAAGGGCUACACGCUCUACGGGCUCACACACUGUGGAGACAUUAAUGAAUGCAGCGUGAACAACGGAGGGUGUAGGCACACAUGUGAGAACACCAUGGGGGGCUUCCAGUGUCACUGCCACGCCGGCUACAGGCUGCACUGGAACAAGAAGGACUGUGUUGAAGCAGACGGGUUUUCAGCAGAGGCAGCCUCAGCCAAACCCACCCUGAACUGCAGCAAGCAUGGAGGGGCUGAGCAUUGCUACCUCACCUGCCAGUCGCAGGUUAACAUCAGCAGUGGGGCAGAGGAUUCCUAUACCGUGACCUGUGGGCUGCCCUUGCCAGGUGUAGCUGGUGGACAGUGGAAUGACAGUGGCUCUCAUUGCCUUGGGUCAGACGCUACCUGUGGCCACAGGAUCAAAACAGUGGCUACUUUUAAAUCCGGCCCGGGGAAGUGCAGCCUGAAACGGAGUCAGGACAAGUUCACUGAAAGUUUCAACAAGGCUCUGACAGAUAAGAGGCCUUUGCCUACAGAGAAUGUGCAGUUUAGCUUUGUGAGGCUGCACUGCAGCUCCUCGGGCCGCCGGCAGCGUAGUCGGCACGGGCGAAAGGCGGGCGAGGACGAGGGCUCGUCCAUCACCGCCCAGUUUGAGCUGGAUGUGAACCUAGAGGAGGUAACAGCAGAGGGCUGUGACCUGGCGUGUGUGAGGCGGCGUUCCGAGAAGCGUCUGAAGAAGACCAUCCGGACUCUACGCAAGUCCAUCAACAGAGAGCAGUUCCACCUGCACUUCGCCGGCUCAGAGUAUGAACUGGCUAAGAAACUGCCCCGGCCUGGGGACACACCUGAGCACUGCGGCACUGGACAAACACUAGUCAACAAGAAGUGUGUGAGCUGCAGUGUGGGAACAUACCAUGACACCGAGCAGGGGAGGUGUGUCUCCUGUCCAGCCGGGACGUACCAAGAUGAGGAAGGACAAGUGUCAUGUGAGGUGUGCCCGGGUCCGGAGGACGGCAGGGCCACCCCGAGAGCCACAGGAGCCCGGAGCAUCGCAGAGUGUGGAGGGCAAUGCUCUCCUGGACAGUUCUCUCCUGACGGCUUUGUGCCCUGUCGGCCCUGCCCCCGAGGCACCUACCAGCCGGAAAUGGGUCGCACCUUCUGCUUCCCUUGUGGGGGAAGUCUCAUAACCAAGCACGAUGGUGCAGUGUCCUUCCAGGCCUGCGAGACCAAAGUGCAGUGUUCUCCUGGACACUACUACAACACCAGCACUCAUCGCUGCAUUCGCUGCCCUGUGGGAACAUACCAGGUGGAGUUCGGCCAGAACUACUGUGUGGCCUGUCCUGGAAACACCACCACUGACUUUGAUGGUUCGACCAACAUCACGCAGUGCAAAAACAGGCACUGUGGAGGGGAGCUUGGAGACUACACCGGCUACAUCGAGUCACCCAACUACCCCGGUGACUACCCGGCCAACAUCGAGUGCACCUGGAUCAUCAAUCCACCUCCUAAGCGCAGGAUCCUCAUCGUGGUCCCUGAGAUCUUCCUCCCCAUGGAGGAUGAGUGUGGGGACUACUUGGUCAUGCGGAAGAGCUCUCUUCCAAAUUCAGUGACAACGUAUGAGACGUGUCAGACGUACGAGCGACCCAUUGCUUUCACCUCGCGCUCUAAGAAGCUGUGGAUCCAGUUCAGGUCCAAUGAGGGCAACAGUGGGAAAGGCUUCCAGGUGCCUUACGUAACGUAUGAUGAGGACUACCAGGAGCUCAUUGAGGACAUAGUCCGGGAUGGAAGACUAUACGCCUCUGAGAACCAUCAGGAAAUUCUAAAGGAUAAGAAACUGAUGAAGUGUCUCUUUGACGUUCUGGCUCAUCCACAAAACUUCUUCAAUUACACGGCUCAGGAAUCCAGAGAGAUGUUCCCAAAAUCAUUUAUCAAAUUCCUUCGCUCCAAAGUUCUGCGAUUUUUGCGUCCUUAGGAAUAAUCUGCAGAGAACUCUUUACGGAGUCACUAUACAGCCACUGA